AACAAAAGUCAGACUACGUUAGGUCUCCUCUGGUACCCGAGCGAGGACAGCUUCGCGUUUGCGAUACACCCGCGCACGAUCACUCAGUACACGAAACGACGCGUCCUCGCGGAAACCGCACGUCUCUUCGACCCACUGGAAUGGCUCGCUCCGGUCAUAAUCCGCGCCAAGAUCUUGAUUCAGUCUGCAUGGCUGCAGCAGCUGGAUUGGGAUACACCGCUCCCUUCCGCCGACGCUCACCGCUGGGAGCUCCUCUUCAAGGAACUCCCUUUGCUCGAAGGCCUCCGCGUGAAUCGCUGGCUCGGCACUGGCACCGAGAACCAGCACUUGGAACUACACGGCUUCGCCGACGCAUCCAAACGAGGAUAUGCCGCCGUCGUGUACCUCCGCGUCGCCUCAGACAACUUCCAGGCUGUACACAUCCUGGUCGCCAAGAGCAAAGUGGCACCGGUAAAGCAAGUGACACUGGCGCGCCUCGAACUGUGUGCCGCCGCGUCACUUUCGAAUCUCGCAAAGCACUAUCGCAACACUUUAAGUCUGUCCACAGCACCUGUCUUUCUCUGGUCAGACUCUAAGACCACACUGCAGUGGAUCCGAGGGCACUCUUCCCGCUGGAAGACCUUCGUCGCAAACCGCGUGGCUCACAUCCAGACGCAGAUUCCAGACGCUCAAUGGCGACACGUCCCAGGGCGGGACAAUCCAGCCGACUGCGCCUCCCGGGGGAUCGCACCAAGUGAGCUACUGCACCACCCCUUGUGGUGGACGGGUCCAGCCUGGCUCCAGGAGGACCCCUCUCACUGGCCGAACGAGGACUCCGAACUACUCGCAGACCAGAUGCCCGAACAACGAGUCGUGGUGCAAGCCGCCACUGAGAAGAUUGAAGUCGAGCCUGACAUGCUACUCAGGUUCUCAUUCCUGCACCGGCUACUGAGAGUCACGGCCUGGUGCUCUCGCUGGCGACACUCCGUCGCCCGCACGACGCUCACGCUUCAACCUGACGAGAUAGAUGAGGCACUGUUUCUGUGGCUCCGCGUGGUGCAAGGGUUGCACUACGCCGCCGAAGUCACCGCAGUCUCCCUCAACCGCACUGUACCACUGAGGAGCUCACUGGUGCACUUAAAUCCAUUCUUGGAUGACCACGGCGUGUUACGAGCAAGAGGACGCCUGAAGCACGCUCUGCUACCUCACGAUGAGAAGCACCCAAUGAUCGUCCCACCAUCUUCAUGGCUCACUCGAUUACUGAUCGACUCCUGCCACCGUCGAACGCUGCACGGGGGAGUGCAGCUCACUCUCGGGCUCCUCCGCCUUCGAUUCUGGAUCCCUCGAGGUCGGACCGUAGUCAAACAGAUGCUGCAUCGGUGCGUCACGUGCACGCGAUGGCGAGCGGCCACACCGCAGCCGCCCAUGGGAAAUCUUCCUCGAGAACGAGUCACACCAUCGCGCCCGUUCUUCCGGACCGGCUUGGACUACGCCGGCCCCAUCCUCAUCCGCACGAGCCGGGGACGAGGGCACAAGGCCCACAAGGCCUUCAUCGCCGUGUUCGUCUGCCUCAGCUCCAAGGCC